AUGUCUGCAUCAGCACAACCAUUCGAACCAGAAUUUCAACAAGCUCAUGAUGAAGUUGUUGCAUCUUUGAGAGAUUCAACUCUUUUCAAAGAAGCACCAAAAUACGAAAAGGUCUUGCCAAUUAUUGCUGUCCCAGAAAGAAUCAUUCAAUUCAGAGUCGCUUGGGAAAAGGACAACGGUGAACAAGAAGUCGCCACUGGUUUCAGAAUCCAAUACAACUCUGCAAAGGGUCCAUACAAGGGUGGUCUACGUUUCCACCCAACUGUUAACUUGUCUAUCUUGAAGUUUUUGGGUUUUGAACAAAUUUUCAAGAAUGCAUUGACUGGUCUUGAUAUGGGUGGUGCUAAAGGUGGUCUAUGUGUUGACUUGAAAGGUAGAUCAAACAGUGAAAUCAGAAGAAUCUGUUACUCUUUCAUGAGAGAGUUGAGCAGACACAUUGGUCCAGACACUGAUGUUCCAGCUGGUGACAUUGGUGUUGGUGGUCGUGAAGUUGGUUAUUUAUUUGGUGCCUACAGACAAUACCAAAACAGAUGGGAAGGUAUCUUGACUGGUAAAGGUUUGAACUGGGGUGGUUCUUUGAUUAGACCAGAAGCUACCGGUUAUGGUGUUAUCUACUUUGCUGAAGCUAUGAUUGAAUAUGCUACAAAGGGUAAGGGAUCUUUCAAGGGUAAGCGUGUUGUCAUCUCUGGUAGUGGUAACGUUGCUCAAUAUGCCGCUUUGAAGGUUAUCGAAUUGGGUGGUACUGUUGUUUCUCUAUCUGACUCUAAGGGUAGUGUUAUCUUUGAAAACGGUGUUACCGCCGAACAAAUUGCUGCCAUUCAAGAAGCUAAGGUUAAGUUUAUGAGUUUGGAACAAAUUCUAGGUGAAUACACUGCUUUCAAAGCUGGUGGUUACAAAUACAUCCCUGGUGCUAGACCAUGGACUCACGUUGGUCAAGUUGAUAUCGCAUUGCCAUGUGCUACUCAAAACGAAGUUUCUGGUGAUGAAGCCGAACAUUUGAUCAAGAGCGGUGUUAAAUUCGUUGCUGAAGGUUCUAACAUGGGUUGUACCCAAGAAGCUGUUCACGCUUUUGAAAACACCCGUGAAGAUGCUUCCUCUCACGACACCGUCUGGUACGUUGGUGGUAAGGCAAGUAACUUGGGUGGUGUUUUGGUUUCUGGUCUUGAAAUGGCUCAAAACUCCCAAAGAUUGACCUGGACCGCUGCUGACGUGGACAAGGAAUUGAAGAGAGGUAUGAUCAACUGUUUCCACGAUUCUUUGAACGCUGCUCAAAAAUACUCCAACGAAUCUAACAAGAACACUCUGCCAUCUUUGGUUAAAGGUGCUAACUUGGCAGCUUUCAUCAAGGUUGCUGAUGCUAUGUUCGACCAAGGUGAUGUGUUUUAA